AAUGCAUAAAGGGAUUUAAUUAUUUGAGAUACAAUUUGUCCUCUUAAACUGAGCAGUAAGAAAACUCUCAGCUGCUCUACAAUUAAUUACGGCGAAUCUAGUGUUAGUUUCGUGACAAGAAUAUAACUAUGGGAUCAGCAAAACAACAGUCGGCUAUUUCAAAGGUAAUGAACCUUCUUCAAGAAUGGGACAAAGGAAGUAAAGUGGUGAGAGGAAGGAUUCUUAAAGACUUUAUUUCACAAAAUCAAAACAAGACUGGCCCUGAGCUGGAGCAAGAGUUUGCACAGGCUGCUAGUCUUUUCCUGGCGAGAUUGACAGCAUGGCUCCGACUAACAUAUAUGAUUGGUACCAGUUUGAAUGACCAGUUGAAGGCAAUAUCAAUAUUUCUAUCAGCUUCCAGUGGUCACAAGUUUAUGGCAGAGUUUCUUGAAGUUGGAGGAGUAUUAACAUUACUUGAGAUAAUUGGUUUAAAACAGGCCAAAGAAGCUGACAAACUAGAGGGCCUCAAAUGUCUGCAAGCCAUUGCUAACGCAGGGCGAAAAUACAAAGAACUCAUCUGUGAAAGUUAUGGUAUCCGAGCAGUGGCUGAAUGUUUGGCCAAGUCAAAGACGGAAGAAACCCAAGAUGCAUGUAGAAAUCUGCUGCUGAUGCUUGCUCAGGGAAAUCCUAAGUUUCAAACACAAGUCUACAAAGGGCUUAUUGCCCUUCUUCCCUGUAGUUCUCCCAAGGCUCAGCAGAUGGCAGCACAGUCACUACGAACUGUACAGCCGAUUGUUCAGACAGCCAAUGUCAGUAUAGUGGAACCACUUCUUAACCUGCUAAAGACAUUACAUCUGGAGGUCCAGUUUGAAGGAAUUGAGCUUAUCAAGGAGCUGAUGGCCUAUGAUGAGGUUGCAGAUUUGCUUCAAAAAGGUUUGGUGGGCCUGUUACACCCAUCCAAAGAGGACACCAUCCGCAGACCAGAGAUUCUUGAAGACCCUGACGUACCUAAGAUAAAUACCCCACUGCCAGUAUAUGUACAACAGGCUGCUGCAGCCAAGACUAUUGGAAUUCUGGAGAGGGAGUCAAAUGAAAUCGCAGAGAAGUUAAUACAGCUGAAAGUGACCCAUAAUUUGUUGUACGCCAUGGGGAACCAAGAUCAUGCCGACAGUCAGAGACAGGCCAGCAUGUCUUUGGAGUACCUGUGUCGAACAUUCCCAAUAGUUGAUGAGAAUGUUCGAGAAGCUAUGGGAGAAGCUUUGUACAAUCUCUUUAUGUCAAACCCAGAGUCAUUGUAUAUGAAUAUGACUCAUAUCCAGGCUGAUGUUCUGGUGUCCAACAAAGUCAAUAUUCCUAACGUGGUUGAAACCGUGGACUGAGUUUGGCUAUGGAAAAGUACUACUACUGUAAGACACAAAUUGAACAUGGGACGUUUGUGUUAACUCUGUCACUCCUGCAUUACUGGAAUACUGUGUAUGUUAUUCAGAGGACAACUGGACCCAUUUACCAGUAAUUCAGGGGAAUCUAUGUGGCACUAGUCCAAUUGCUUAUUUUGAACAUUUCAGUUUAAAAAUGUAUAAGAAGGAAACUGUAUGUAGAUGAGUUUCUGGAAAAGAGAAAUUUUCUCAUAAGGGUGAAACGGAAUGGAAAUUCAAUGAGUUAUUGGUUGUGUGCAAAUCUACCUGAUAUAUAAUAUUGUUCAGUUUUCCGAAGGGAUUAUUAGUGAUGUGUCAGAAUACAGAACUUCAUCCCUUGGUUACUGUACUCAACAGACUAUGGACACUAUA